GAAAAGUAAUCUAGCAUUCGGGCGCAAUUUUGAGUUGUGGGUGUACUUGGAAGUUUUUGAACCAUAUGGAUUAAGCAUUCAAAACCGAUGUCCAUCUUUUUUCACUUCCUAUAUGCGUAAAACAUGAAGUUGGUUCAAUAUGCUGUCAUAUCAGUGCGUGGUAUGACAUGCAACUCAUGUGUUCGGCUGAUUGAAUCAGUUAUCAAAGAGCAAUUCAAUGUGAUUUAUGUUGACAUAUCACUCACGUCUGCGCGCGCCGUCAUCAUCUACGAUGCAGAAGCCAAUAUUGAUACUGAGUGUUUUGUUACUACUAUCAAUACGAUGGGUUUCGAAGCAGAACCACUGUAUGAAACGCAGAAUUUUUCCGAAUAUUUGGACAAUACGUGUGGUAAAGCCUUGGAAACAUGUUUAGUUGUUGAAGAUCUCACAUUACCGAAUUGUGAAGAUGUAAUCAAACAUCGUUUGCGAGGCUUCCAUGGAGUAAUUACUUUUCGAAUAAACAUAUCAUCAUUAGAAAUAUGGCAUUUACAGAAUGUAGCAGCCCCUGAUUUGAUCGAUUGUAUUAACAAGGCGGGAUUUAAAGCUACUUUAAAACCUGAGGCACUAUCUACAUGCAAAGAUAUACUAAUUUUGAGCGAUGAGUUGCCUUCAGCAAUGUUACCUGAAUGUCAGUCAAAUAUUCAAUUAUGUAAAAAUGUGGAUUUGAAUGAACUUAUUCAAUCCUCCUCAAGUCUUUUGAUUGUACAAACUGAUGGUGAAGUUAGUAUUAGCAAAUUGGAUGAAUUACUUCGUAUACAUCGUGAUUCUUUGGACUUAAAGUAUGAUAUACACGUUCUAGCUUCAUCUCAAAGAGGAAAACUGUUGACUGUUAGUAAGUCUACUGUUGAUCCUGCUGGGUCUCUGAAUAUGGAUACUGACGUACUCAAACAGAUUUCUAACUUUUUGACUUCUAAUCACUAUCCAACUGCACGGAUAAAGUUUCAUUCAUCCUCAAGUGAUUCUGAUGAAGGACUUCCUUCUGGACAAUUUGAACAAAAAAUAAAUCAUCCAUUAAUAGAUAGUUCAGAAGCAGAAUAUGAUUAUGAAAUCACUAUUUCUGUGUAUAAUAUGCACUGUAAUUCAUGCGUAAGAAAAAUUGAAUCUCAUUUUAAUCUGAAAUCAAUUAAAGAGUUAUACCGUAUACACAAUUGUCGAGUAAUAUUAUCAAAUGAAGAGGCUAUAUUUACUGUUAAGAAAAACUUCAAUUUUUCAACUUCAAAUAAUGAAAAAAAUAAUUUUUUUCAUAUUGCCAAUGAUAUGUUGGAGAUUGAUAUUGUAAAACUACACUUGGAAAUACAAAAACUUGAUUUUAAAACAUUUAUGUUAAAUGAGGCAACAAAUAUGGCUAAUAGUUUGCCUAAUCAAAAAGAUUCUCAAAUUUCAAGUAGUCUCAAUCACUUAUCUGAAAUUCCACUUAACCAACCCACUACUCAGUGUUCAUUAUCAUCUAAUAGGCCUGUAAAUGGUAAUCAACAAAACUCUUGUGAAGAACCUACAAAUUUAUCCAACUCCAAUAGCCAUUUAUCAUAUUUGCAAGCUAAAGAAAAAAGUUCAAAUAUACCACCUUAUGAAAAGUGUUAUUUGCGCGUUACAGGAAUGACUUGUAGUUCUUGUGUACAUACCAUUGAACAAAAUCUAUUAAAGUUAAAAGGUGUUCAUUCAGUCCUUGUUGCACUAAUCGCUAUGAAAGCAGAAAUUAUUUAUAAUCCAUCUUUACUAAAUGUGAAACAGUUGAUUAGUCGAAUUGAAGGAUUAGGUUUCUCUGCAGAAUUAUUGGAACAACAUAAUCGUGUACAUACACGUCAAAAUCGAGGAACUAUUCAUUUCACGGUUAGUAUACUGACACAUAAUGAUAUUCACGAAAUAACUAGUUUUUCCCAGUGUACAACAAUCGAAUCAACACUGAUUAAACUUAAAGGUGUACAUAGUGCUAUUGUAGACAUUAAUAAGAAAUGUGUACGCAUUGUAUAUACUCCAAAUGAAAUUGGUCCCCGUGAUCUUAUGAAGCAGAUUGAAGAUCUAGGUUUUCGACCUGUUUUAUAUCGACCUGAACAGAAUAAUUCACGAGAAUCUGAUUCAUUACUCAGAUGGCGUAGAUCUUUCUUUCUCAGUUUAUUCUUCGCUGUGCCUACCAUGAUUAUAAUGAUGAUCUUUAUGAUAUUAUGGCCACAUUAUGCACCAGAGAGUUGUCCACAACAUUUCCGUCAAACACCAUUUGAUCAUUCCAUUAGAAGUAACAAAUCUGUUGUGCAUACAACAAUCCAUUAUGCUAGUACACCUAUGAUAAUACCUGGUUUAUCACUUGAAAAUACAUUUCUGUUUUUAUUGGCUACACCGAUUCAGAUAUUUGGUGGUCGCUAUUUUUAUAUUCAUGCCUAUAAAUCUGUACGUCAUGGUAUGGCUAAUAUGGAUGUAUUAAUUGUUAUGGCAACAACAAUUGCUUAUGCAUAUUCUGUGAUCAUCUUGUUAAUCGCUGUGAUAAAUCAAUGGCCACACAGUCCUCGAACUGUCUUUGAAACUUCACCAAUGCUAUUUGUCUUUGUAUCACUAGGUCGAUGGUUAGAGCAUAUUGCCAAGGGGAAAACAUCUGAAGCACUAACAAAACUGCUUUCACUUAAUGCAACAGAAGCUACUAUAGUCGAUUUAUCUCCAUCUGAAAGACAAAAAUUCAAUGAUACAGUAAUUCAAAAAAAUAAUCAAAGACAAGACUUAUCUUCAACUUUAUUUGCUAGUGGAAUUGAGAAACGUAUUCCUAUUGAACUUGUUCAUCAAGAUGAUAUAAUCAAGAUUCUUCCUGGUGAGAAAGUGCCUGUUGAUUCUCGUAUACUGAUUGGAUCAACUUCAUGUGAUGAAUCGUUGAUCACUGGAGAAAGUAUGCCGGUUACCAAGAGACCAGGAUCAGAUGUAAUCGGUGGUUCUAUAAAUCUAGCUAGCAUUGUGUGGGUGAAGGCAACGCAUGUUGGUGAAGAUUCUGCUUUAUCUCAAAUCGUCCGACUUGUUGAAGAGGCUCAAACAUCGAAAGCUCCAGUACAACAGCUUGCAGAUCGUAUUGCAGGAUAUUUUGUUCCAUUUGUAUGCAUUGUGUCGCUGGCAGUUUUGAUCAUAUGGAUUCUACUGGGAUUCUUGUUUCCCACUAGUAUAAAAGGCUAUGAGCCGGGUUGUUCCAUUCCACUUUUGGCUGUUGAUCAUGCUUUUCGUAUGGCUAUAACUGUACUAACUAUCGCUUGCCCAUGUGCUCUAGGCUUAGCAACACCAACAGCUGUUAUGGUAGCGACGGGAACAGGAGCUUUGGCUGGUAUACUAAUUAAAGGUGGUCAACCGUUAGAGAAUAUGCGUAAAUUAACUACAAUUUUAUUUGAUAAAACGGGAACAAUUACUCAAGGUCGACCACAAGUUGUUCGUAUUGUCAUGUUUGUACCACCAGAUGAAAUAUUGAAACCAAAUGAAGCAACUAAGAAUGAAUCAUCGGAUCAAUAUUCACUAACUCCAAUUUCUUUAUAUAAGCCUCAAAUUUGUUCAAGUAUAUCACCUAGUCGAUUUAUAUAUCUUAUAGCCAGUGCUGAGUCGACAGUACAACAUCCUGUUGCUAAGGCUCUUGUCACUAUUGCACGCACAUUUCGAAGAUUUUCAUCAUUGACAAAUCCAAGUGAUACACUUUUAAAUUUAUCGAAUGAAUUAGAGAUAAUGAAAAAUCAGAAAACUACAGGAGAUACAAUUCCUUAUAAUACAUCUACUGAUUUUGCAAAAAUUUCAAAAAUCAAAACUGCCUCUGGAUUAGGUGUGAAAUGUGAUGUUGAUCUGAUUCCAUAUGAUUGUCCACCAGGUCCUGAGUUACCUAGACCAUUCAAUCUCAAUAGUAUUAAUAGUAGUAAGACUAACCCUGAUGAUAGUGCUAGUAAUUCAUGUAAAAAUGUAUCAGAUAUACAGUUUACUGAAUUAGAUAUUAAUGCUGCAUUGCAAGUAAGACUGACCUAUAUGUCGUGUAUGUGGCCAACGAAAAGUAAGGCCUUCGGUGAUAGCAAUGGUAAGAAGAAGAAGAAGAAGAGGACAGAAAAUGAUGUUGAAGACUUCAAUGAUCAUCUACAGAAAGAAAACUAUCUACAUCCUACUAAUACAACUCUCCUGAGUAGUAGAUUAGAAUCUUGCCAAUUUAAUUUGAAUGAUAAUACUACUAAUAAGGAACUCAAUUAUGACAUCAACUCUCAACAGCAACAACAUUUUUUAAGUGGAUUAGAACGUAUCGAAUGGGCAAAUUGUACUAAAGGUGGUGUUCAUUCUGUACUUGUUGGUAAUCGUGAAUGGUUAAAACAAAAUAACAUAACAUUACCAAUCUUUUUGUCUACUGAAUAUUUACCUCAUGGACGUGAAGCAAGCCAAAAUAUUCGUAAUAUUCCAACUUUAGAGUCAUUAGUUGAAACUGAUGAAUCUCAGGGGCAUACAGUUGUUUUUGUCGCUAUUGAUAACAUUCUUGUUGGUUUAGUGAGUAUCUCUGAUCCAGUGAAACCAGAAGCUGAUUUAGUUGUAGCUGCAUUACGUCAUCGUGGUAUACGUGUAGCAUUAUUAACAGGGGAUAAUUAUCGCAGUGCUACAGCAGUCGCUCGUCAAGUUGGUAUACGUGAAGUGUAUGCAGAAGUAUUACCUGGUCAUAAAGCAGAUAAAGUUAAAGAAUUGCAAAAUUCUUCUGUACGUCAAAUAAGUCGAGAUGGUAAGCGUUUGAAGAAGAUGAAAAAGAAGGAAAUGAUGACAAUGAAGUCAAAAGGUUUUGUUUUAGGAAAAUGGGAUUCUUCAACUAAUUGUCAAGAAACUCCUAACUGUCAAGUUUUAAAUCCGAAUACAUCAAUGAAACAAUACUAUUACAAGCAUAAAAUUAAACCAUCACUAUCUAAAACAACUAGUGAUAAUAAUAAUUCAUCUCCAUGUAGUACAACAGAUGAAUUUAGUUUUUCAAGUGAAAGUGAUUUAUCUAAUGAUGAAUUGAAUAACAUUAGAAGUUCUCAUGUGAAUUUUGAUCAACAUUCAACUAAAAACACAUAUUCUUUGAGUCAAUUGCUUAAACAGUGUACCCUUAGGACUAAGCUAUAUUCUUGUUGUUGUCGCUGCUGCUGCUGCUGCUGCUGCAGUGAACAGUCACUUACGUCUGCAAAUCAUCAAAUAUUGUUUCGUCAACGUCAAAUGGAACGUCGUGAAAAGUUUAAAAAACGAAAUAAUUUAUCACAUUCAAAGUAUAGACGACAUUUUGUUGCAAUGGUUGGUGAUGGAGUCAAUGAUAGUCCUGCAUUAGCUCAAGCUGAUGUUGGUAUUGCUAUCGGUCGAGGUGCAGAUGUCGCUGUGGAAGCUGCUGAUGUAGUAUUAAUUCGUAAUUCGUUGAUUGAUGUUGUCGGUGCUAUUGAUUUGUCAAAAACAACUGUACAUCGGAUACAUUGUAAUUUUAUUGCUGCUACUCUAUACAAUUUGAUUGGUAUUCCAAUAGCAGCCGGUUGUUUAAUGCCAUUUGGAAUAGAAUUGACACCUUGGCUGGCAUCUGCUGCAAUGGCAGCUUCAUCUCUUUCUGUAAUUUGUCUUUCAUUGUUAUUGAAACGCUGGAAAAAGCCAACGUCAGCAUCGAUUGUCUGCCCAGAAUACGUGAAAUUCCUUGCUUCACCACGGUCAUCUAAUAUAAAGGUGAAAAUCAGACAAAGAAGAGAUAGCCAGUUGUCUUCAGGACUUCAUAGCCUAGCGGAUAAGGCAUUAUCGUUACGCAACAGUUGGCGUAGUGCACUUACUCGUCGUAGUCCACCGAUACGCGGUAAUAUUGAAGCAGUUGAUAGUCAAAAUUUAUUGGAUACUUGCGGUGAUGGAACUGAAUCUGAAGAUGAACUAAUGAAAACUUCAAUGAUGGAUAGAUCAGUUAUUUCCUUACGUGUUCAAAAUCAUGCUAAAGAAAAUUCAUUUUUUGAAAUGCGAAGAGUUUGCAGCUGGAAUACUCGGAAGUGUCGAUAAUCUCUUUGUCUCAAUCACUUCCAGUAUAAGUGAUAUGCUCCGAAAGUUCAUUCCCCAUAUGAAAGACUCUGUGUUUUUUCGAUUACUCCACAGUUUUUCUAUCGGCUCUUCAAUUAAGCAUCUUACAGUCUUAGGAAAUAGUUUAAUUUACCAGUCAUUUUCAUGUCUUUGUAAUUGGCGUAAUUCUACAAUCCAUUUGCAUUUUGUUUCCUUUCUAUUCUCUUCUGUCUAUUUCUGUUAUGGCCUCCAAAAUGUCAGUUAACAGUUUAUAACCCUACGCACUCUCUGUCGAAUAUUUGAUACAAAACUUAGUUUUUAUCCGUAAUUCCCCUGUGUUUUUCAAUAUGUGAUUUUCAAUAACUACUGCUUUGAAGAUAAUAUUUUGUUUCCAUAUAUAUUUUUUUGUUUUUUCGAAAUUUUUUAUAAACUUAUUUCUGUCUGUAAUAAUAAUGAUAAUACUUAAGCGAUGUUUUUUCUUCAAAUAUUUAAACAAAAGUGAUUGUGCAUUAUUAAACUAUGAUGGACGAUGUUUUCUGACAUGUGAAACUUGUGAAUAUCGAUAACAAGCAGUAAUCAUUAAAAUUUCUCGGCUUUC